CCGGAGCCGCCCCGCCCGCCUCCGGCCCGGAGCCGGAUCCCGCCGCCCUUCCGCCGGCGCCGGGGGGACCGCGCUGCCAUCCCAUCCUGCUCCGCGCCCGGCCCGCUCCCACCGGCGGCUCCCGCAGCCCCGUCGGCACCGCAUCGCUCCCCAGGGCUGGCUCGGCAUCGCACCGCGCCCGCGGGGAGGGCAGAGCGCGGCGGCAGCCUCGACCCGGCCCCGGUGCCUCCCUCCCGCCCCGGCCCCGGUGCCUCCCUCCCGCACGGCCCGGCCGCCCCCGGCCCCGGUACCUCCGGCGUCGGCGGGUCCCGUCGCGAGUGCUCCGACCUCCGGCGCCCGCCCGGCUUUUUCUGGAGGGGCGUCCGCUGUCUCCUUGGCGAGCAGCCCCCGCCCCUCGGCGGGCUCAGAGCCACCCGGCCCCGGCAGAAGAAAUGCCCCUCCGCGCUACUGGAGGUUGUAACUUUUGCAAGUUAUGACAUGAAGUAGAGCAACCAGCAUUUUGAAGAGCUCUGCCGUAAAUACACCUGUAUCUCUGAACAUUGGCAGAUUUACUGGAGCCUCUUCCCAAAGCCUGCUCGAAUCAGAACGUGUAAAAUUUCCAAAGGCUUCAUAAUGGAGUUCUUAGCAUCCAAAGGAGAUUAUAUUAGAUAUUUCAAAAGAUCUUUAUUGCUGGUUUUAGUAUGUGUAAUAGUUCUUGUGUGCACUGAUCAGGACUACUAUAGUUUACUUGGAGUGUCCAAAGAAGCAAGUAGUAGAGAAAUACGACAAGCAUUCAAAAAGCUGGCAUUAAAGUUGCACCCUGAUAAAAAUCAGAAUGAUCCAAAUGCACAUGAAAAUUUUUUGAAAAUAAAUAGAGCAUAUGAAGUACUUAAAGAUGAAGAUCUACGGAAGAAGUAUGAUAAAUAUGGAGAGAAGGGUCUUGAAGAUCAGCAGCAAGGAGGUCGUUAUGAAAGCUGGCACUUUUAUCGCUAUGAUUUUGGUAUUUAUGAUGAUGAUCCUGAAAUUAUAACAUUGGAUAGAGGAGAAUUUGAUGCUGCUGUUAACUCAGGAGAACUAUGGUUUGUGAAUUUUUAUUCUCCUCGAUGCUCCCACUGCCAUGAUUUAGCACCUACGUGGAGAGAAUUUGCUAAGGAGAUGGAUGGAGUAAUACGCAUUGGAGCUGUCAACUGUGGAGAUAACAGAAUGCUUUGUCGAAUUAAAGGGAUUAACAGCUACCCCAGUCUGUAUGUUUUCAAAACUGGAAUGCAACCAGUGAAAUAUUAUGGAGACAGGUCAAAAGAGAGCUUAAAGAACUUUGCCAUGCAGUAUGUUACAAGCACAGUCACUGAGUUAUGGGCAGGAAAUUUUGUUAAUGCUAUCGAAACUUCAUUUGCUUCUGGCGUUGGUUGGCUGAUCACCUUCUGUGCUGAACGUGGGGAUUGCUUGAGUUACCAAACACGCCUUAAGCUAGCUGGCAUGUUGGAAGGUCUUGUUAAUGUAGGCUGGAUGGACUGUGGCACCCAGGGUGAGCUUUGUGAUAAUUUAGAUGUCUCAUCUAGUACUACUGCAUACUUUCCACCUGGAGCCACCAUAAAUAACAAAGAGAAAGGAGGUGUUUUGUUUCUUAACUCCUUGGAUGCCAGAGAAAUAUAUCAGGAGGUAAUGCAGCAUUUACCAGACUUUGAAAUUAUUUCUGCAGCAUCAUUAGAGGACCGUCUGGCUCAUCACCGGUGGCUGAUUUUCUUCCAGUUUGGGGAGGGUGAAUCAAAUGUACAGGAAUUUAAGAAACUUAAAUUUUUACUUAAAGAUGAACAUAUUCAGGUUGGCAAGUUUGACUGCCUUUCUUCACCAACCAUCUGCAACAAACUAUAUGUCUAUCAGCCUUGUUUAGCAGUCUUCAAAGGAAAAGGAACUGGAGAUUAUGAAAUUCAUCAUGGAAAGAAGAUCUUAUAUGACAUUGUUGCAUUUGCCAAAGAAAGUGUGAACUCCCAUGUCAUCACUCUGGGACCUCAGAAUUUUCCUGAAAAAGAUAAGGAACCAUGGCUUGUGGAUUUCUUUGCACCGUGGUGUCCUCCUUGUCGAGCUUUGUUACCAGAGCUGAGAAAAGCAUCAAAACAUCUUUAUGGUCAGCUUAAAUUUGGAACACUAGACUGUACUGUCCAUGAAGGGCUUUGCAAUAUGCAUAACAUUCGAGCUUAUCCAACAACGGUUGUGUUCAACCAGUCUGAUGUUCACGAAUAUGAAGGACAUCACUCUGCUGAGCAGAUCUUGGAGUUUAUAGAGGAUCUUAGGAAUCCAUCGGUUGUCUCCCUAACACCAGAGACAUUUGUUGAAUUAGUUCAGAGAAGAAAACGAGAGGAGAUCUGGAUGGUGGACUUCUACGCUCCGUGGUGUGGACCUUGUCAGGCUUUAAUGCCAGAAUGGAAAAAAAUGGCCAGGAUGUUAAAUGGAUUAAUCAGUGUAGGCAGUGUGGAUUGUCAAAAAUAUUAUUCUUUCUGUCACCAAGAAAGUGUUCGGGGAUAUCCUGAAAUAAGACUCUUUCCUCAAAAAUCAAACACAGCUCAUCAAUAUUAUAGCUACAAUGGAUGGCACAGAGAUUCCUAUUCACUGAGAGGCUGGGCAUUGGGAUAUUUACCACAAGUGUCUGUAGACCUCACUCCUCAGAGUUUCACAGAAAAAGUUCUGAAUGGGAAAGAUCACUGGGUCAUUGAUUUUUAUGCUCCUUGGUGUGGACCUUGCCAAAAUUUUGCUCCUGAAUUUGAGAUCCUUGCAAGGGCCGUUAAAGGAAAAGUAAAAGCUGGGAAAGUAGACUGUCAGGCAUAUGGUCAGACCUGUCAAACUGCUGAUAUCAGAGCCUAUCCUACUGUUAAGUUUUACCCCUACCAAGGAACAAAGAAAAAUGUUCUUGGGGAAUAUAUAGACAGCAGAGAUGCAAAAGGUAUUGCUGACAUUUUGAAUGAAAAAUUAGAAGCAAUGCAAAAUAAAGGAAAAAGAAAAAAAUCUAGAAAUAAGGAUGAACUCUAAGUGGUACCGAAGUUAGAUAUGAUUCAAGAUAUUCUGAAGCUGUGAAUAUAGAAGACACCACAAGGAAAAUAUAAGGAUGGUUACUUUCCUGACAGGACAGGAGAGAUGAAAACAAGUUUGAGUUCACAGGCAUAUGUGACUGUAUGAAUUCUGUUAAACUGUGGGGAGAUUAAAGCAUUUUGGUUUUGGUGGAGGCAUUCAAUGUUUCUGCAUGUCCCUCUUCUGAUAUACCAGCUACCUUCUUCCUGGCCAAACACCGGAGUUGACCAGCAAUGUGAACUCUAUUACUUUUGCCUACCCAUUUACUAGUUCCUUAUAUUUUUUUCUGUCUCUUUUCAAAUGCUUUUUGAAUGUGGCACUCAGCCUGUGGCUGAAUAUGCACUCAAACCACUCUGCAAUGCAGAAACAUAAUGAGGGAUUGUCUAUUUGAAAGACAAACAAUUGUACCUGAUAAUUAUUCUGCUUUGGGGUUGCAGUAUUGUCUAGUCAAUUGUUAAGAAAUAAAAUCAAGAAAUGGUAGCAGGAUGUUUACUGAAUUAAAUUGCUUUUGCCCUUGAGUGGAUUACUCUGCAGCACUGGUGGUGCUGCCUGGAUGAACAGAACUUUGAAGAGCUUCUUCAGUUGUUUGGUUUGUUUUUGGGGUUGUGUUUUUUCUUUUUUUAAGUAAGAAAAAAAUAAAGUAAUUCAAACUCUGUGUUUCAUUGACUUUCAAAGAUUAAGUUAUGCCACUGAAGCAUCUGGUUAAGUCAUUAGGUCAUAACUUUUAUUAUUGUCUUUUUAGAUAUUUAAAUAUGAAUGUAUUCUGUGGACAUAGUUAACCUCUUGGCAUUACCACUGUCCCUUUCUCUGGAGAUAUGGUUUUAGGUGGUUUGUUUGUUUUUUAUAUAACCUUUAGGCAAGCAGGAUAGCAAGUGCCUUCUUUAAUAAUGAACAAUGUAUAUUGCAGUAUCUCCUCCUAGUUUUUAAUAGAAUUCCCACUCUAAAGAAUAAUAUUUUUCAUAGCUUCUCAAUAGACAAGAAAAAUUACAGAAGAUGACAAAAUGUCUGCAAACAACUGUUUCAUGUGUUCAAUAAAAUGCUGCUGAGAACUUGUCAGAUGAACUUCUCUCCCUGCUCUCGAUAUAUUUAGAUCUGGCAUGACUAGUCAGCUUAGUAUGAGUAUUACAAAUUUGUAAAUACAUUGUUAUCUACAAGUAAUUUUUUUCAUAAAGAAGGCAGCAAGAAAGGAAGAGGUUCAGAUAACUUUGGGACAUUGAAAUGUUUCUUCCCCGAUGGUCAGAGUUGCCUCUACUGAUUUGUGGGUUUGCAGCACAUUAUUCUGAGAAAGAAGAGAACAUAUUGCAUCUAUUUUUAAUGAAGUACACCAUCCCCCAUCCAAAUCAAACUUCAAACUCAAUCACAGUCAAAAAUUACAAUUUUAAUACAAAUUCUGUUUUGGUCAGUUUUUGCGUGUCUCUGUAAUUGCAGUUCUCAUGCUGUACUGUAAUGCUGGAGAAUGAGGUCAUGGUUACAUACUCUAGGAUUCUAUUGUUAAAAAUCUUCUAAAAAUAACCUCGUGCAGACAUUUGUACAGUUUCUUCUUUAUGCCUGUUUAUACUCAGUUUCUCUCUUAUUACUGCUUACUGGAACAGACUAGUAGAACAGUCUCCUCCCUAAGAUGCCGGUAACUUCAGAACUUUCUGGUUUUGCUAUGGCUUUAGUCAUACUUCAGUUCUUCAUAAAAAGUUACUGUAUCACUUCCUUCUCAGUCAGUCAUCUGAAGCAAUAUAGGUAAAUACUACGAGAAGACAACACUGCUGCCCACAUCAAAAUAUUCUCUACCCUGACUUACUUUGUCUUGGCAACUGGUUUCAAAAUUCAUUUAGACUGUGGGUAAGAGGAUUUAGUUUAAAUAUCAAUAAAAUUCAUUUUUAAGAUUUAA